GCUGAGCUCCCGCAGCGCCCCAGGGAUGGCAGAAGGGGGGGCGGCCGGCGCUCCUCCCGUCCGGCUCUGGGUGCGGCGCGUGGGGGUUUACUGCGAUGAGCACCGCAAAACCUGGCUCGUGGCUGCGGAAGAGGAGGAAGGUAUGCUGAGGGCUCGGAUCCAAAGAGUUCAGGUUCCCCUGGGUGAGGCGCUGCGACCCAGCCAGCUCCCCCCAUCCCGGCUGCCUCACAUGUGGCAGCUGUCCCAGGGUGAGCAGUACAGGGAUAGUAACUCUCGCGUUUGGGAGAUAGAGCACCAUCUCAUGCUUGGUGGUGUUGAAGAACUGCUGCUUAAACUCGUGCCUGGGGAUUAAUCUGGAGCAGUGGCUCCAGGAAGAUGCCAUUGUCUGUUUUGUACAAUAAAAGAUUCUCUCUCCACUGAAAUGCAGCCACCUCUAAGGUGGAAGCAGUUAAACAACACACAGCAACAUCACAC